AUUCUUUUGAAAUGUCACUGUUGAGUGGGAGCGUUGCGCUUUGUCUGUGUUAUCGCUGUUUCAAGGCCCAAACAACGCAGGCAGGCUUGCAGUCUAAAAGGAUGCAAACAGUCCCGACUUCGAAGGAACAUAACAAAAAUGCCAGCAGUGCGAUUCUUUCGUUGCCCACGGUGUGCCUAUCACCAGUUCUCCUUGAAGACACUGUUCAGGCACCUGCGCACUGCCCAUGGCCAUGAAUCAAAUUGGGUGUGCGGCUUGGGUGGCUGCAUGCAAACAUUUCGUCACUUCUUUUCAUACAAGAGGCAUGUCUACAGAAAACAUGCUGCUUACACAGAAGUAAUGCACACUCGUGACGCGCAGGUGACGAUGGCACGAAGCACUACGAAUGCAGCACCUGAUAUACCUCAAGAUGAAGAAGAGAGCCCAAAUGUGCAAGUCGAACAGCAUGACUCUGUCAGGUCUUCAAGUGAUUAUGCUUAUCAACUGGCAGCACUACUUCUCAAAUGGAAGGAAGGAAGGCGGCUACCUGAAUCCACAGUGCACGAAUUAGCCAACGAUGUUAUUGAUUUUGUGGAAACCAUCGCAGACCAUCCGCAGAUGCAAUCUCAUGAUGAGCCAUCCGUCAACAUGCAAGAGAUUUGCAAGGAGCAACUUGACCAGCUGCGGACAAGGUCUGGCCGGACAACUUACUGGAAAGCACAUUUUCCACUUGUUGAAUCGCGUACGGUAGUGUUGCAUGGAGGUGACACCAUGGAAUACGUUCCACUCUGUGACGUGCUCAAGCACAUGCUUGAACAUUCACAACUUUCAGAUGAGUACAGCAGUUACUCCUGUACAGAUGGUUACAUGCGUUCGGUAUUUGAUGGAAGUGCAUUUCAAGACCAUGAUUACUUUGCUGGUGAUACCAGAAAACUUUGCUUGCCAUUGUGCAGUGAUGAGUUUGAAGUGUGCAAUCCACUAGGCAGCAAGAGGGGAAAACAUAAAAUGACAGCUGUCUAUUUCUCCGUGCUAAAUUUUGAUGUGAAGUUGCGGUCAGCACUGUCAGGCAUUCACCUCUUACUCCUUGUCAAAGAUAAGCAUGUUGCCACAUACGGUUUUUCCAAGAUUCUUGAGCCACUCAUUGCAGAUGUCAAGGUUCUAGCAAACCGCGGCAUAACUGUAAAUGGACACCUUGUGAAGGGAUCUGUUUUCGUUUUUACUGGCGACAAUUUAUCUAGCCAUAGAAUUGGAGGCUUCAAGUGUACAUUCAGCCAAGGAAGAAUUUGUAGGUACUGCAUGGCUCUGCGGACCGAAACCAACUACAAACACUUGGAAGGCGAUUUUGUGCUUCGCUCGCCAGAAGGCCACAAGCACCACUUGAGUAUGUUAAGUCCAGGGCUGCCCACUCUGUCACUAUAUGGGGUCAAGGAGCCAUGUGCUCUUUUGUGUCCUGGCUUUGAUCCGACACUGCAUCUUCCGCCGGAUAUAAUGCAUGAUAUCCAUGAAGGAGUUCUACCAUUUGCUAUGCGGCAUAUAAUAUCUGCAUUAACUGAACAACAGUUAUUUUCACUUAGUGAUUUGAACAAAAGCAUUUCAGAGUGGCUUUAUGAUCCUCAUGAUAUCCGCAACAAACCAGAGCCCAGUUCAAAGUCAUAUCUUCAAGGAAAGGCUGUAUUUAAGGGAUCGACAACACAGGCAUUUUGCCUAUUUCGCAAUCUAACCUUAUUUGUUGGUGAUAGCGUUCCUUCAGACAGUGCAGUUUGGCAGCUUUACCUACUUCUCAGAGAAAUUGUUGACAUUGUCAUGAGUCACAAAAUUCCAGUUGCAUAUGUUGCCUACUUGCAAAGAAAGAUUCAUUUCUUCAGUCUUGACUUCAAAGCUUUGUUUCCGUCAGCAAAAAUUCCAUGUAAAAUGCAUUACCUCAUACACUACCCUUCACACAUACAAAAAUUUGGACCAUUGAGCCUGUUAUGGGCAAUGCGAUUCGAGUCAAAGCAUCAGUAUUUCAAAGACAUUGCUCGAAAAAUACGCAACUGGAAAAACCUUUCUCGCAGUCUUGCAAUGAGGCACCAGUUUUUGCAGGGUUUUUUGUUCACCACAGGGGAUCACAAAUCAACUCCCCGUAAUACAGGUGUGCGGUGCGUACUGUAUGAGCACCUACCUUGCUGUAUUAGAGAUUUUAUAACUGUGAAUAACCUUGUUUGCACAAGUCCAGUGGUUGUGAAAUCUGUGAUUGUUGAUGGGAGGACAUACAGUGAAGGCUGCUGUCUAGUCAAAAGUGUUCCAGAAGAUGGGCUACCAGAAUUUUUGCUUGUGUCUCAAAUAUUUUAUGUGAACAAGGUACUGCUGGUUAUGGCUAAACUGCUUGAGACUGUAUGUUUUGAUGAGCACUUUCAUGUGUAUGUUGUUAGUGCCAUAGACAAGUACAAUGUUCUAACUUCAUUUUCAGAGUUUGAAAUAGAGCCGUUGUACGUGCAUGAACACAAGGGUCGGAAUGUCAUAAGCACGCGCCAUUCGUUAUUCUAAAUUUGUGAAAG